CGCGCCCGGUGUUUGCGCGGCCCCGCGACUCUUUUUUUUUUUUUUCUCCCCGGCCGCUGAGAGGCGCGCCGGGUCCCGGCCACCGACCGCCGUCUAGGGUUCUUAGUCCCCGGGCGUCUGGAGCCGUCCGCAGCUGGAGUCCGGCAGAGCCGGGCCGCUCCCGCCUCGUCUGUCCCGGCUCGCGUCCACUCCCCGCCGCCGCCGCCGCCGUCAAGGGCCUGUCCCCCCUCCACCUCCGCCCCCUCAGAGUCCCCUUUCCGCUCUCGGGGCAGGGUCCUCGCGGCCCAUGUUGGCCGCUGGGGACCCACGCAGUCCACAUCGCUUCCAGGCCGGUCUGCCGGACACCAUGGUGACCCUGCGGCCUGUACGACGGCUCCUUCAAGGGGGCUAACAGUUGCAGCUCACAGGCCUUGGGGGUGCGAAGGUCCCGGGCCCUGAGCCCCGACCCCCUCCAGCGUGCGCGCGCGCGCGCCAUGGCCGGGGCCAUCGCUUCCCGCAUGAGCUUCAGCUCGCUCAAGAGGAAGCAACCCAAGACGUUCACGGUGCGGAUCGUCACCAUGGACGCCGAGAUGGAGUUCAAUUGCGAGAUGAAGUGGAAAGGGAAGGAUCUCUUCGACUUGGUGUGCCGGACUCUGGGGCUUCGGGAAACCUGGUUCUUCGGACUGCAGUACACCAUCAAGGACACUGUGGCCUGGCUCAAAAUGGACAAGAAGGUGCUGGAUCAUGAUGUUUCCAAGGAAGAACCAGUCACCUUUCACUUCCUGGCCAAAUUUUAUCCCGAGAACGCUGAAGAGGAGCUGGUUCAGGAGAUCACACAACAUUUGUUCUUCUUGCAGGUAAAAAAGCAGAUUUUAGAUGAGAAGAUCUAUUGCCCGCCCGAGGCUUCUGUGCUCCUGGCUUCUUACGCCGUGCAGGCUAAGUAUGGCGACUACGACCCCUCUGUUCACAAGCGUGGAUUUUUAGCCCAAGAGGAACUGCUGCCAAAAAGGGUAAUAAAUCUGUAUCAAAUGACGCCGGAAAUGUGGGAGGAGAGAAUUACUGCUUGGUAUGCAGAGCACCGGGGCCGAGCCAGGGACGAAGCUGAAAUGGAAUAUUUGAAGAUAGCUCAGGACCUGGAGAUGUACGGCGUGAACUACUUUGCUAUCCGGAAUAAAAAGGGCACUGAGCUACUGCUUGGAGUGGAUGCUCUGGGGCUUCACAUCUAUGACCCCGAAAACAGGCUGACCCCCAAGAUCUCCUUCCCGUGGAAUGAAAUCCGAAACAUCUCAUACAGCGACAAAGAGUUUACUAUUAAACCACUGGAUAAGAAAAUUGAUGUAUUUAAGUUUAACUCCUCAAAGCUUCGUGUUAAUAAGCUGAUCCUACAGCUCUGUAUUGGGAACCAUGACCUAUUUAUGAGGCGAAGGAAGGCGGAUCCUCUGGAAGUCCAGCAGAUGAAGGCCCAGGCCAGGGAGGAAAAGGCUAGAAAGCAGGUGGAGCGGCAGCGCCUUGCUCGGGAGAAGCAGAUGAGGGAGGAGGCUGAACGUACGAGGGAUGAACUGGAGAGAAGGCUGAUACAGAUGAAGGAAGAAGCGACGAUGGCCAACGAAGCCCUGAUGCGUUCCGAGGAGACUGCUGACUUGUUGGCCGAAAAAGCACAGAUCACAGAGGAGGAGGCUAAACUCCUGGCACAGAAGGCUGCCGAGGCGGAGCAGGAAAUGCAGCGCAUCAAGGCCACGGCCAUUCGGACGGAGGAGGAGAAGCGUCUGAUGGAGCAGAAGGUGCUAGAGGCCGAGGUGCUGGCACUGAAGAUGGCAGAGGAGUCAGAGCGGAGGGCCAAAGAGGCAGAUCAGCUGAAGCAGGACCUGCAGGAAGCCCGUGAAGCGGAACGAAGAGCCAAGCAGAAGCUUCUGGAAAUCGCCACCAAACCCACAUACCCGCCCAUGAACCCAAUUCCAGCACCGUUGCCUCCUGACAUACCAAGUUUCAACCUCAUCGGCGACAGUUUAUCUUUUGACUUCAAGGAUACUGACAUGAAGCGACUCUCCAUGGAGAUAGAGAAAGAAAAGGUAGAAUACUUAGAGAAGAGCAAACAUCUACAGGAACAGCUCAAUGAACUCAAAACGGAGAUCGAGGCCCUAAAGCUCAAAGAGAGGGAGACGGCUUUGGACAUCCUGCACAACGAGAACUCUGACAGGGGCGGCGGCAGCAGCAAGCACAACACCAUUAAGAAGCCUCAAGCCCAAGGCAGAAGACCUAUCUGCAUUUGAGCCCUCAAACUCACCCUGCAGAGCGCCAAGUCUCGAGUGGCCUUCUUUGAAGAGCUCUAGCAGGGGAUCCAGCCCCCCACUGCCCCUCACCCCGGAUCUGCCACUUCUGCUGUUCCUAGCACCAUCGGGAUGGCCGGACACCCCCAGAAGCCUCCCGUAGCGGCUGGCCCGGGACUCCCUGGGAGCUACAGGACUCCCCAGUGGAGAGCCCAGCUCCCUUCCCUUCAUGUGCAAUGGCCUUGAACCACGAACCACUGGAGAUUACCCUCCUGGCGUCCUCGUCCUCCGGAUCGCAGUCUUUCACCUUUUUAGAAGAUUUUGUCCUUCUUUGUCUACUGUGGGAUCCCACGUGACCCCAGAAUGUGUCUCAAACUGCCAAGAGUUGACCUCAACAGUCCAGUAUGGGCAGUGGGAACUGUGAGCACAGGUCCCUGGGUGACAAGAAGGUUUGCCACCACCCCACACGCAGUUCUGGGACAUUAUUCUCCGAGGAAGAUGUGGACAUGGCACUUGGUGAAGAAGCCUGGUUCCUGCAUGUCACGGUGAGCUCGUGAGAAGGACAAGUCCUCCCCCAGAUUGCUCUUAGGCUUCCAACUGUUUGGGACUGGGCAGGGCUGUCAGGUGAGAAAUUCCACCACAUAGGGACCUGAUAGUAUGGGUCACUUGCCACCCUCUCCUCGCCACCCCAAACUAGCCCCCUUCAGCUUCAGAGGAGACUCCCUGGGGACGCCCUAGUCGGGGCAUAUGGAAUAGCACUGAUAUUUCUCGCUGACCCAGUGCCAAGCUCCAAGGCCUUAGUAAGUUCCUGACCUGAGUUACCUUCGGGCCAACUGGACCUGGGCUGCAUCUGGCUAUGUCCCUUGUCCCCCUGUGGACCAUUUUAUACUCUCCUAGGCCUGUGGAGUCUCCAUGUACCCCUCCAGGCAUGAGCCAGGGUACCUGUCCCCAGUGGGUGCCCAUAUAGGCUGGCAUAUCGCUCAUCUCCAUGCCUACAGAAGCGGCCCCGCAGCCAUGCCACCCCACUGUGGCCUGCUCACUCCUUGGUCUGGAGCCCCUUCCUGCUGCUUCCUCCUUCCACAUCAGGUGUUGUUCCUGUGACCAACCAGAGCCCCUCAGGUGCUUCCACUUGGGCCCUUGGGCCAAACAGGUGCUGGGUCUCUGUCCCGGAACUGAUGCCUUUUUAUUGACCCUAUCUGCUGACCUGAGAGGAGGGGGUAGGUCUCUGGCCCCUUGUUUUUUGCUUCUCAGAAACUAAGCAACUUAAGGAUGACUCUGCCUUUUUCCAGCGUUGGGCCACCUUGCCCUGAGGGAGCCGGCACUAUGUCGUCUCCCAUCCCCACUGCCCCUAGGGACAGCAGGAGCUCCCAGUGCAGCUUCAGCCUGGGAGAGUCCCCCUGUGUUGUGUGUUGUGGCGCUGCCUCCCCGGAGUCUAGCCCAUGCCUGAUGGCAGUAGGCAUUCCUCUCAACGUGUAAAUUUAAUCUCUAACAGUGACUACGGGACCCAGGGGCAGGAUGGUGGUUUAUAACUGCGGCGUCGGGCUUUGUUUUCUUAUUAUUUAACUGCUGUACGUGCUUCAGAAGCCUGAGAAAUGCCACGCCGUGCAGCCCCCAGGGAGCCAGCUAGCAUCUGGGCUCCGACAGGGCUGAAAAGGAAGGUGGCAGAGCGGUUCCACUCUCCCUAGGGGCAAGAGCCAGCAGCCACCUGCCCGUCCCCCCACCCCAGAUAUACACAGGAUAAGCAAGGCAGAGAGGACAGAGCCCCCAGAAGGGUCUGGAGCCCUAGAAGGAGAAAGAGCCAAGCUGGGUUUUCAGAAAAACCGAAAACCCGUAGCUGUGGCUGUGGCCGAGGUGAACAUUUUGGGGCUUGGAGCCUCUGAAGUCCCUUGAGAUCAGGGGCCCCGGCGGCUGUGAUUCUUUUAGGAACGUUUCUGCUAUUGAAAAUCUUUGUCCAGCCAUUGGCCUAUGACCCUCUGGGUUCAGCCACCUGCUGGUGCAUCUGACAAGGCCCCAGCAGCACACUGGCUUGUGCUCCCUUCACCCAACCCCCAUGCGUCCACCAGGCCGGGCUAGACAGCUGCCCGUGGCAUUGCAUAACACCUCAGUGACUGUUUUGUCAUCCCAGGGAUGGGUUUCUCUCUCCUUGGUUCUUCUUUCCCCAAAGUCCAGAAGCUGACAGCCAGUAACAGUGACUAAGUGCUCAGCGCUGACAGGCCUGGGACCUCGCUGCCCCUGGAGAGAAGCAUCCUGGGUGGAGAGUCGGUCUCUCCCACUCACUCCACUGUCUGCGGGAUUCUGGGACAGCCCCAUCCAUUUCCCUAGAGAUCUCAGACUGUGCUCCUGGCCUUGGGACCCAAGUCCCACCUCUUGUCCCAGGCAGGCACUGUUUUCUAUUGUGGGGAACUGUUGUAAUUUAAAUGAUUGUUGUAAUAAAAGUUCUAAUCUGUAUAGCA